GAAAUCAUGUAUAUACUAUGUGACAAUGGCGACAGUCCAACGCGAGCUCAAGUUGUAUUCAGACGACCAACUUAUGCAUUUCGUCACGCGAGCGGCUGAGACCUUAAUCAAGGCUUCCAAUGCGGCAAAUAUGAACUAAUUAGUACCAAGCAUUUAGGAUGUCCGGGGUCGCGUCUGGGUUCCAAGGCUUCGAGGAGCCUUUAGACGCGGGCCCGCCCGCAGCAAAUCCUAAAUGCCCGGAGCAUCAGUACCCUUCAUGUCCCCUACCAGAGUAUGUGCUCAAGAUCCCGCCGAAGAAGUCAGCUGCGCCGGCGAAGCCGCCGCCCGGGGCCCCGCCGCCCGCGGAGUGCGCUGUGUCGCUGGAGUUCCUGCGCUCCUUCCUGCGGCGGCUGCCGGGUGGCGCCAGCAGCAGUGCCACCAUGGCCAAGGUGGUGGAAGACCUGGUCCGCCCCUCAACCGGGGCCACUCAGUCCAGCUACGCCUCUCAGCACUUCCUGGUGCCGCGGGGGCACACCGGGCCGCCCACGUGGGUGGUGGUGCACCCCUGGGACAUGCCGGCGGCGGAGCUGGUGGCGGCGCUGGAGGAGUUCGCCGCGGGACUGCCGCCAGCCUCCACCUACUUCUGGAUUGACGCGCUGGCUGUGAGUCAGCACCUGCUGCGGCCCGGCACCGGUCCCAACAUGGCGGCCACCGCCCAGGCCGUGGCCGCAGCCACCGCCGCCGCGGCAGCGGCGCACAGGCACGCCACCCAGGCGGAUGCGGCAGCCGCCGGCGAUGGCGGCACGGGCGAGGGGGGCGGCACAGCUUCGGGCGGUGAUGGGACGAAGCUGCAGCGCGAGCCGUCGUUCUCAUCCCGCAUGCGGAUGCAGCAGCAGGCGCAGGCGGCGGUGCAGGAGCUGGCAGUGGAGGCGGCCCGUCGGGAGGUGCUGGGCGAGACGCGGGCGGCGUUGGCGGCGGCGCGGUGCGGCGUGCUGCUAGUGGUGGGGCGGGAGGCGCGGCCGCUGCGGCGGGGCUGGUGCCUGCUGCAGUUGGCGGAGACGUUGAGGGCGCGAGGUCCCGAGGCCAUCACGUUGCUGCCGCUGGAAAAGGGCUUCAAGCGCGCGGACCUGGUGCGGCAGCUGCGCGAGCUGGAUGUAGCAGCCGUGGUGGCGGCGGCCGAGUCCUGGGACCAGGGCGUACUCGCGGAAGUCCUGGGCGUGCCGCGGCCGCCGGCGCCAGGCUCCGCCGCCGCACUGGCUGCCGCCGCGGCGCGGGCUAGUGCCGCCAACGCCGCGGCGGCGGCCGCAAGCGCCGCUGCUGAGGGGGCUGUGGGCAUGCGCAGGGCGCCGUCGAUGAAGCGUUCGGGCAGCCUGGCGCCGGGGCGGUCCUUGGCUCCGUCGCCGGGGGCAGGGGCGGGCGAUGAGCUGCAGGAGCCGGCGGACGGGUGUGCGGCGGGGCGGGCGCUGGCGCGGCAGCUGCAGCUGGCGCUGCUGCUGAGGCCCAUGGACGGAGUGUUGCCCGCGCGCAUCAUGGGCGCCCCGCUGCCGGACGCCAACCCGGCCGUGUACUGCCCCACCUCCCCCGACCACGCCGCGCCCGGCCCCGGGCCCAGCAGCACCCUGAGCUCGGGCCCCCAGCCUGGCAGUAGCAGCAACAGCAACAGCAGCAGCAGCCACAGCAACAGCAGCCAGCCGUGGGCCUUUGACUGGCUGUGGGACUGGUCGGCGGUGGCGUCCUGGCUGGCGCUGCCGCCGCACCACCCCAACGCUGGCUGCCUGUUGGUGACGGGGCCGGUGGGGUCGGGCAAGACCACGGCGCUGGCGACGCUGAUGGCCAAGGGCGAGGGGCAGGGCCGCGGCACGGGCCCCGGCGGCGCCGGUCCCUGGGUCAGCGCCAGCCACUUCUGCUCGGCGGCGGACGUCCGCUCACUCGCGGUGGGCGAGGUGGUGCGCAGCCUGGCGUAUCAGCUGGCCUGCCGCUCGCCCUGCUUCGGCGCGGCGCUGGUGCGCUGCCUGCUGGGGCUGGGCGGCCCCGGCGGCGGUGCGGCGCUGGUGCCUGACGCCUGGCUGCACGGCGCCGAGGAGGUGGUGGAGGCACUGCUGCGGAGGCCGCUGGAGCAGGAGGCGGAGGCGCGGGCGGCACGUGGCGAGCGGCCGCCACAGUAUGUGUUCCUCAUAGACGGCCUGGAUGAAGGCCCCACAGCUGCAUCUGUAGCAGCCAACGGGAGCGGCAGCAGUAGCAGCAGUAGAGUGGCCACGCCGGCGCAGCCGGCGCCGCCGCUGCCGCCGCCGGAACCCAACUCGUACGACGUGCUGCGGUUGGUGGUUGAGCACCUGCGCCAACUGCCCAACGUACGGCUAAUCCUGUCGUGUACGGCAGCGGCGGAUGCUUUGGAGGCGGCGCCUGACGUGGCAGGGCAGAGCGCUGCGGCCUCAACGCCGGCAGCAGCGCCUGGAGGCGCGGGGCCGGCGUCGCUGCCGGCGCCGCUGAUUGUGGCGUCGCGUGGCGCGGUGGGCGCUGCUGCGUCUGUGCACCUAGCGGCUCGGCGACUGCUGCAGCCUACGGAGGUGCCGCUGGCGGCCCUGCGGCGGGACAAAUAUCUGGCGCUGGCGCUGGCGCACGUGCUGCAGGAGUUUGUGCUGAGUCCCGAGCUUACGGCGCGCGAGCUGCUGUGGGCGGCCCGCGGCUGCCUGGCGCACGUGCACAUCCUCACGCUCCUGGUGCGGCACGCGGCGGAGCGGCUGGAAGCAGCGGGUGGAGGCGCCGGCGGCCGUGCGCCUGGCAUGGCCGACCCCACCGCAGCCGCCGCGGCCCUGGUGACCGUAGCGGAGGCGAGUGAAGCGCGGAAGGCUGCGGAGGAGGAGAAGGCUGCGGCGGCAGCCACGGCGGCAGGCGUGGCAGAAGUCCGCGCGGGCGGGAAGGACGGGGAGGAGUUGCCGCAGCGGCCGUCGACGCCGCCGCCGCAGGCGCCGCAGCCGGUGCCGCAACGUGAGCGCUCGCAAGCCGCGGGGCCAGCGGAGAUUGCGGUCGUGAGCCCGGGCCUACCGCCACAUGCGGAACCUGGCAGCUCGCCUGUGCACAUCGACUCCCCACACGACGAAGACAACCCGCUGGGCCUGGAGCAGGAGCCUUCGCAGGACGGGCCUCUGGGGCACGCCUCCCAUUCAAGCCCCCGAGGCGUGGGAUGGGAGGCAAGCGAGUCCUCCUCGGGCGGGCGCUCGCCGUCCCCGCCGGCGCUGCGCCCGCCGCCGCCGCUCGAGCCGCCGCCGGAGCCGCCCGUGGACGUCUCGGGCCUGCGCGUGCCAAACACCGGGACAGGGGCCGUCUCCGUACACGCCGUACCGCCGGUGUGCCGCGGCAGCCUCGCGGACGAGUACGGCGUGCUGUGGGCCGUGCGUACGGACGAGCUACGGCAGAGCGCCCUGCUGGCGCUGCUGCAUGCGGCGGCGGCAGCGGAGCGGGAAGCGGCGGCCAGGGAAGCUGCCGACGCCGCCGCGGCGGCAGCAGCGGCAGUUGCAGCUGCUGGCGUGGCUGAUGGCAAAGGGCCGGCGGACAGCCCCAUGCAGACGCCGCGAACCAUGGCGGCUGUGACCAACGUCGCCGCCGGCCUAGCUGGCGGCGGCGGCGGCGGCGGGCCGCCCAAGCUGGUGCGAGCCGUGUCCAUGACCCUGGCGGCGCACCGCAAGGGCUCAUUCACGCUGGCGGCGCUCGCGGCUGCGCCGUCGGCGCCACAGGUGCAGCCGCCGGAGCGCGCCGCGCGCCUGCAGCUGCUUGUGGACAUCCUGGCGGCGGCGCGAGAGCCCCUGGAGUGGGGCAUCUUGGCGCGCGCGCUGCAGGCGGCGGAGCCGCCGCCGCCUGAAGCUGCAGCUGCCGCCGCCGGCCCCGCGGCAGCUGCCGCGGCUGGCGCUGCCAGGGCGGCCGCGGUCGCGGCAGCGGCGGCCGGCGCCGGCCGCCGCGGCGGCGGCUUCGGCGCGCUAGGCCGUGAGCUGGGGGUGAUUGUGGAGGGCGACACGCCACGUAGUUCGCUCACUGGCGGCGGCUUUACGCCGCGCUCGUCAGGCCUUGGAGGGUUGCCGCGUCGCUCCGGCGCAGGCGCCCUUGCCGGCGCGCCAGACGCCCGCCUUUCCACCAAUGGCUUCUCCAUGGGAUCGCGGCAGUCGCCGGGGCCUCCCAGCCGUGCGACGCGCCUCUCCCACCUCGGAGAGCCGGCCGCCACGGCUGUGUUUGUGGCUUCGCAUGACGGCGGCGUCGAAGACGAUGCCGGCCUGCAUGGCGACAGUGCCGAUGAGGACGAGGAGGAAGAGCAGCUGGGGCACUUGGACAGUAGCGAUUGGGAAGAGGACACGGAAUGGGACAGCGUGUUCAACAGGCUGGGCGCGGGGGCCUCGGCGUGGCAGGAUGACAAGGGAGACGGGCCGUCCACGGAAGCGGCUCGCGCGGCGGCGUCGCGCGAGGCGGCGCGGGCGGCGGCAGUGCUGCGGGACCUUGACUGGGCCCUUUCGGAGGAGGGCCCUCUGUCCAGCCUGGUGUUUGUCAGCGGCAGCGGCAAGGUGUGCGUGCGCCACUCCUCCUUCCUGGAGUGGCUGCGACGCGGCAGUUCCGCCCUCAUCGCCACCUCCAACCCUGCCUUAACCGCUGCCGCGAGCACGCUCGUGCUCAGCACCCCGAGGCCACACGUCGGCCACGCGGCCCUAGCGCGCGUGCUGCGGUCGCAGAUGCCCUCUGGGCGGGCCGCUGCCGCUGCCGCCGCUGCCGCGGCGGCCACGGCUGCAGCAGCAGCAGCAGCAGCCCCCGCACCACCGUCCCGCGGUGGCGCCCAUGCAGGCCACGCGGCGGCGCCGGGUGGCGCCGCAGGCAGCGGCAAACCCGGCAGCUCUGUCGGUCAUGGCGCGGGUGCGGCUGCUGUGCACCCGCUUGGGUCGAGCCAGGGCGCGGGCCCGGGGCACAACUGGGGCGGCGGGGGCCCGGCGGGUUGGCCCAGCUCGGUGGGGUGCUCAGGGUACGUGCUGAGGCAGGUGGUGCCGCACUGUGUGGAGGGCCGCCUUCCCAGCAGCGAGAUCGAGGGCGUGGUGAUGGACCUGGAGUGGGUGCGGCUGCUUCUGGAGGGCGGACACGUCGAGGUGGUGGCGGGGGCCAUUGAGCACAUGCUGCGGACGCGCGGGCCAGAUGCCGCAGGCGGCGCCGGUGCCGGUGGCGCCGCCGCCGCGGCCUGGAGCGCGCUUGGCGGCGCCGGCGGCGCCAGUAACGCCGGCGCCGGCGGAACCGCCGGCAACGGUGCCAACGGAGGGAUGCCGGCGCUGGGGAUGCUUGGUUCCUCGAGUGGGCAUGGGCAGUUGUCGAUGCGUGGAGCCAGCAACCUAGGCAUGGGCACACGUGGGGUCGGCAGCAGCUUUAGGGACGCUCUCGUGGGCGGCAGCGGCGGCGGCGGCGGCCUGUCGCCGCGAGGAGCCGCCGGCGCCGUUGGUACUGGUGGGGCCGCUGGCGGUGCCAGCUUCACGCAGGCUGGGCUGCAAGCGGCAGCUUUGUGCACGCCGCCGCCGGGCGCGCAUCGUGGCGGUGGCGGAGCUGCCCCUGGCGAUGGCCGCCGCCUGUCCACCGCCGCGUCUGCGCUGCUGCGAGACUUGCUGCGUUGGCUUGCAACCGACGGGCUUAGGCUGUGGCGGCGGCCGGAGCCGCUGGCGAUCGCGUGUUCUGCCAGCCUGGCGCCGAUGGGCUCGCCCUUUCGCCGGCGCGCAGAGCAGUUGACGGCGGCAACAGUGGCUGCGGCGGCCGCACUUGCCGUCUCCGCCUUCACCGGCAGCUUGCCCGGUGCCGCUGGCGGCAGCCACACCGGCACGCCGACCAAGACGCCGCCGGUGGGUGGCGUGGCCGCAGGCGCAAGCGCGGGCAGCGGCACACGCCCGCCCGCUGGCGGCGCCACGGCGGCGGCGCGCGCACUCGGCGCCUCCGCCUCCAACGGCAGCGGCGGCGGCGGCAGCCACCAUCACACGGGCGCGGCCGCCAGCGCCGAAGGCACUGCUGCAACUCCUGCCGCCGCGGCGCUGGCUCCCUGGCCCCCCAGCCACGUGACUGCGCUGCCGCACCCGCGGCUGUGGAAGCCGGAGCAGCGCCGCGCGCAGUGCUCGCACCGGGUCAGCGCGCUGCUGCCCAGCCCGGACGGGGACGUGAUGCUGGCGGCGGGCGAGUGGGCGUCCAAGGCCACGCUGCUUGACGUGCUGACGGGUCGGCGGCUGGCGCUGCUGGACGCCGGGCCCGACAGCCACAGCACCGCACUCUCUGCCGCCGCCUUCUCGCCCGACCGCCGCCUGGUCGCCUCCGCCGGCCUCGCCGCCGGCAGCGUCACGCUCUGGGAUGCCGCCACCGGCACUCCCAAGGCCUGCCUGCCGCUGCGUGGGAAUGUCGGCGACUUCUUUGGCAUUGCCGGCUGCGCCGCUUACGCCUGCACGGCGCCAAACACUGCCAGCGGCGCCGUCAGUGGCAGUGCGGCGGCCGCCGCGGCGGUUCGUGGCGCCUCAGAGAACACACCGGCGGCGGCGGCAGCGGCCAACGCUGCGGAGGCAGAGGCUGCGGCGCAGCGGGUGGUGCGGCGUAUGAAGUCUAUGGCCCUGGCAUUUCGGAUGGGCGGCGACGACGGCGAUGGCGAUGAUGGCGGAAGGUCACCGCUCUUGUUCGAUGACGACGGAGAGCCCUGGGUCGCGGCCAUCGCCAUUCAUGCGCCCGGGCCCGGUGCCUCCGCCGCGUCCUACGGUGCGCCGGCGGGCACGCCCGUCGUAGCGACCGUGGCGGAGGCGGCGGAGGCAGCGGCCGCCGCCGGCCCGCCGACCUCCGGCAAGCCGCGGCGGGUUGGCGCCAUCGUGGCGGGCAGCCUGUUGCUGGCGGCUGGGGACAGUGAAACAGGCAAGGUGGUGCUGUGGGCGGUGCCGCCAGAGGGCCUGGGCGCGGUGCGGACGGGGCUGGUGGUGCCGCCGCCGCCGCCCGGCGGCGACACGGGCGGCGUGGCGUCACUGGAGUUCGUACCGGGCGGCCGUACACUGGCAGUCGUACAGAGCUGCAGUACGGCCAUCCGGCUGUACAGCGUGCAGUCGCAGCAGCUGGUGCAGACGCUGCGGCUGCCCGCCUCCUGCGGCGAGGUGCUGGGCAUUCGCUUCGCGCCCCAGCCCGUGCACCUGCCGCCGCCGCCCAACGCGCCGGCCGACUGGGCGCCGCCGCCGCCAGGCGCCGGUGGUGCCUACAGCAGCUACGGCGCCAGCCACGGCCCCGGAGGCGGCAGCGGCGGCGAGACGCUGUUGUCGGCGGCGUGCUUCACCAGCACUCAGCUUUGGAGCCUGGAGCGGAGGGCGCAGGUGGUAUCGUUGCCCAUCGGUGCUGGCGCCGACGGCGGCCGCGCCUGGGCCACCAACUGCGUCGCCUUCAGCCCCGCAUGCGGCCUCAUCGCCACCGCCGGCGCGCUGUUCGCCGCCGCCGUCAAGGCCAUCGCGCAGGGCAACAGCUUCCAAGCCGGUGGCGGGGCCAGCAGCGGCGGCGGAGCCGGCCCAGCCGCUGCUGAUGGCGCCGGCUUUCAUGAGGCCGAUGCGGCGACGGUGGCGCUGAUUGAGGCGGCGGCGGCGGCGGUGCGCAGCAUCGACCGCUCGGCAGUGACGCUGUGGGAUGUGCGCACGGGCGGCAAGGUGGCGACUCUGCGCGGGCUGGCCGGCACCGUGCGCGCCCUGGCGUUCAAUCCCGACGGGGGCAUCCUGGCUGUCGCGGCCGGGCCUGCCGUUUCGCUGUGGUCGGCAACCACUGGCAGCUGUCUGGCGGUCAUCCACCUCGGCGAGGAGGGCAGCGGCGCGGAGGUGUCGGCAGUGGCAUUCGGCCGCGGCGGCGCCAUUCUGUCUGCGUCCAUGGGCGUGGAGGUGCACAGCUGGGACGUUGCGCUGGUGGUGGCGGCUGCGGCCGCCGUGGCGGCGGAGGCGGUGCGCACCAGCGUCUUUGGCGCGCCGCCGCCGGGGCGCAGCAGCCUAUUUGGAGGCAGCUCGCUGACGCCCCGCAGCCGCAUGGGCACCAGCAACGGCACGGGCGUGGCGCCGCACCUUAACGCACCCAGCACACCAAACGCCGCCGCCGCGCAGCUUGUCACUGCCGCCACGUCCGGCCAGCCGGCGGCGGCGGCCGUACCGCCGCCGCUGCAGAACCGUGCGAGCCAGCUGGGACUGGCAGGCGCCAGCGGCGCCGCUAACAGCGGUGGCACCUCCAGCGGCGCCGCCACGGGCCGCUUUGCCGGCGCGGUUGGCUGCGUGGGCGGCGGCGGGCACACCGACCGCGUAACGUGCGCUUGCUUUUCGCCCAACGGGUCUUUGGCGCUCACAGGCGGCUUCGACAACACGGUGCGCAUGUGGGACGUGAAGCGGCACGUCGAGCUGCAGGCCGUUGAGACGCCCGGCGCCGCGCUGGGCGUUGCCUGGAGCCCGGACUCCUCCCUGGUGGCCGCGUCGCUCUCCAAUGGUUCUGCGAUCGUGUGGUACGUCGUCACCGCGGCCAUGGCACCAUCCACGUUUGGGGCUGCAGCCGGAGGCGGCGGGGGCGGCGGCGGCGCGAACGUGACGUUUGGCAGCCACGAGGCGGCGCGCUUCCAGUGCUCCGACGGCGCGUUUGGCGUGUGCAGCAUCGCCUUCACGGCCGACGGCAGCGUUGUGGCCACAGCUGUGGGGGACGGCUCCAUGAACCUGUGGUGCACCAAGACCUGGAAGCGGCUGCUGCAGGUUGUGCCGGAGGCGCGCGGUGGUGGCGUGGCGCUGGGCCGUUACGGCGGCGCCGCGCAGACGCUUGACGGCGGCUGGGUGCUGCUGGGCUGCGGCCGUGAGGUGGCCGUGUACAGCGUGGCUGCAGGCCGCGAGGCCACGGAGCGCUUGGGGCCGCACGGCUCACUGGUGAACGCGCUGGCGCUCAGCCCCUGCGGCCGCUUCGUGGCGGUGGCGGCCGGCGGCGCCAUCAGUGUCUGGGGCCGGCCGCCCUCGACGUCCGGCGGCGCCGAGCACGGCAGCGCCGCCGCUGGGCGCGCCACCAAGGUGCACCGGCCGGCGCCGGCCGGUGCCGGCAGCGCCGGCAACAGCCACUCCGGCGAGGCUGCGGCGGCGGAGAACGGCGCAGUCCGGGCGGCGACUCCGUCGUCGCCGCCGGGUCGCAGCUCGCCUGCGGCCACGCCGCCGGCGCCGCUGUUUGAGCCGCGUGUGGCAUACCUCAGCGGCCUGGGCUCAGACGUGCUGGUGCUGGCGUUCUCGCACGAUGGCGCCAUGCUGGCGGCGGGGCAUGCGGACGGCAGCGUGCGGGUUUGGGCCAGCGGGUCCAAGUGGCGGGAGGUGGGCUGGCUGGCGGGGCACGGCGACUGCGUGGCAGGGCUGGCGUUCAGCCCCGACGGCCGGCUGUUGCUGAGCGGCGGCUGGGAUGGGCGCACGCUGUGUUGGAGCAUGCGAGAUGCGCUGAUGCCGCGCAGCAGCUGGAGCGCGAUGUCGUGAGGUGGCAGUUUGGCAGCAUGUGUGUGUGUGUGUGUGUGUGUGUGUGCGAUUGUGUGUGUGUAUGUGUGUCAGGACAAAACGAAGUGUGUCUGUGUCUGAGGCCGAGGCUGAUGCUGAGGCUGCGUGGCUGAGGCGCAGGAUGUUGGGUGGCGCCGUGAUAUAGCCUGACGUUUUGCAUCUGUGACUGCUCUGACGUGUAAGAGGGCCGUAACGUGCAAGAAGCAGGUGACAGCUGCCAAGUGCUGUAGGUGCGCUGCUACGGCACUGGUGUAAGGAAUAAGUGGGAAGGCGCGUACGGUACUCGAGCUGCCCGGAUACUUUGCAUACGCCUGUGAAUGUGCUGCAUGCCAGGAUAGCUUCGCCUGCAUUCUUCAGCAUCUCGGUAAUGUUUCAGACAUUGCUUAAGCAGGUUGGCUGGAGGCACGGACACGCACGGAAGGCACUGCAAUAAACGGUAAUAUGUACUGACCAGUGGUGGUCAGUUACCCGGUUCUGUGCGUCUUCUUCUGCGUCACGGACACUGGGGAGGGUACUGUAACGUGGAUUGCAGAUGUUGACCCAUGCAGCUGAGAGCUUUGGGAUGCCGGAGUGGCGCAGCUUGGCGCGCGGUUAUCUCGUCAAAGGUAACGUAGCAGUUGCGGUCGCUGCUCAUGCUCACGCUUGUCUUUUUGCUUGUGCUAGCUCACUGGCCUCGGCUCUACAACUUCAUGUUCGCUUGUGCGUCUUGCGUUCUUUCAAGCAUAUCAAAUGCAUACUGAAUCGUGGCCCAAGUCGUGGCCUCACAACAAGUGACUGCCUCAAGACAUUGUGCUCGCUUGCUUAGGUUACGACCCCUGAGCAAGUUUCCAGCACCAAAUGGAUGAUGCACGACGCACGGCAUCUGUGCACGUGGGCAUCACCGAAAGGCUACGCCGCCGCCAAACAAUAGGCAGCUGAUGCCCAACCCCACGUACGCCUGAAAGUCUACCAGCAGUCGCAAUAUCUAGCAGCGACCGCAUCAGCACAAUGCAUGCAAGGUUAGGUACAAAAAGGGCCUACGCCAAUUCAUACCAUCAUUUGCAGCAAAACAGAGGGGCGCCCUGCGCCCGAUCGUGCCCGAUCUACUCCUCCUGCUGUUGCAUGCGCGCGCCAUGUGCGUGCGCAUCUGACACCAGUACAAAGCGUUCUGACAUCAGUACAAAGCGUGAUCAGCCUUCGCAAAGGGAAUGAAUCACCGAGAUCCAAACACAGCACUGCACAGCACUGCUGGAAUUCAGGCCCAGUCCCAGCCGUAGUACACG